CACUCACUUUUAACUGUUUUCUUAGCCUGCAUGUGGAUCUUGGGCUAAGAAAUUAAAUCCUCCAAUACUAGCUGCAUUGCAAGAGCGAAAGAAAGUAUUCAUUGUCAUUGUUUGAAUUUCCCAAGAGUGAAGAAAGUGUACAUUUUUCUCUCUUUCUUUGAGGGUGUCCUCAGCUUGAUCAUCUCUUCGUAGUGGAAUUUUGAUUUCUUCCAACGGGUUUUGUUGGUUACUGUGUCACUGUUGCAUGACAUUUUCUUUAGGUUGAGAAAUUGUUCUUGGGAAACGUUAAUCUCCUAAAGCUUUGCUUUUUGUUCUAUUGGGUUAUGAGAAAGUUUGAGUUUUGGUUGUUGUUGAGCAUUUGAGUUGUUGUUAAAGUUCAUUGGGGUUAGAUACGCGAAGAAUGGCAGGAGGGGGAGCUGCACCUCAACCCAAGCAAGAUGAGCUUCAGCCACAUCCAGUCAAAGAUCAACUACCAAAUGUUUCUUACUGCAUUACUAGUCCUCCUCCAUGGCCGGAGGCAAUCCUACUUGGUUUUCAACAUUACCUGGUGAUGCUUGGCACAACUGUUCUGAUACCAAGCUCUCUAGUUCCCCAGAUGGGAGGAGGAAAUGAAGAGAAAGCAAAAGUGAUUCAGACUCUGUUGUUUGUGGCCGGCAUAAACACGUUUUUCCAAGCAUUAUUCGGGACUCGUCUACCUGCAGUUAUUGGGGGAUCCUACACCUUUGUGCCAACAACCAUUUCAAUCAUUUUGGCUGGUCGCUACAGUGACAUUGUGAAUCCUCAUGAGAAAUUUGAGAGGAUAAUGCGCGGAACACAGGGUGCUCUUAUUGUGGCUUCAACCCUCCAAAUUGUUCUUGGCUUCAGUGGCCUUUGGCGCAAUGUAGUGAGGUUCUUAAGUCCUCUCUCUGCUGUUCCUCUAGUUGCUCUUUCAGGCUUUGGGCUAUAUGAACUGGGAUUCCCUAUGCUUGCAAAAUGUGUGGAGAUUGGCCUGCCAGAAAUCAUUAUCCUGCUAGUAUUUUCACAGUACAUUCCUCGCAUGAUGAAAGGAGACAAGCCUAUUUUUGAUCGCUUUGCAGUUAUAUUCUCAGUGGCGAUUGUGUGGAUUUAUGCUCAUCUUCUUACUGUUGGCGGAGCUUAUAAAAAUUCGGCUCCUAAAACCCAAAUCACAUGCAGAACAGAUCGAGCGGGAAUUAUAGGUGGUGCUCCUUGGAUAAGAAUCCCAUAUCCUUUUCAAUGGGGAGCUCCUACAUUUGAUGCUGGAGAAACUUUUGCCAUGAUGGCUGCUUCAUUUGUUGCUCUAGUAGAGUCAACUGGUGCUUUCAUUGCUGUGUCAAGGUACGCGAGUGCAACACCGAUUCCACCUUCAGUGCUUAGCCGAGGUGUUGGUUGGCAGGGAGUGGGAAUUUUGUUGUCUGGGAUCUUCGGGACCGGGAAUGGAUCAUCAGUUUCUGUUGAGAAUGCAGGACUCUUAGCUUUGACACGCGUGGGUAGCCGAAGGGUUGUUCAAAUAUCAGCUGGAUUCAUGAUUUUUUUCUCAAUUCUUGGAAAAUUUGGAGCUGUUUUUGCUUCAAUUCCAGCUCCUAUAAUUGCAGCUUUGUAUUGCCUUUUCUUUGCCUAUGUGGGCUCUGCAGGUCUCAGUUUCCUUCAAUUUUGCAAUUUGAAUAGCUUUAGAACUAAAUUCAUCUUAGGCUUCUCUGUUUUUAUGGGCUUCUCAAUACCACAAUACUUCAACGAGUAUACAGCGUUCAAAGGCUAUGGUCCUGUGCACACUCGUGCAAGAUGGUUCAAUGAUAUGAUCAAUGUCCCAUUUGCAUCUGAAGCAUUUGUUGCUGGUACAUUGGCACUGUUCUUGGAUGUUACAUUGCAUAAGAAAAAAGACAAACAAACUCGUCAAGACAGAGGGCUGCAGUGGUGGGACAAAUUCCGUUCAUUCAAGACAGAUACAAGGAGCGAAGAAUUUUACUCUCUACCUUUCAAUCUAAACAAAUUUUUCCCUUCGGUAUGAGAGAUAAAACCAGAUCAAUAUCUCUUCGCGGCACAUGCUAUAGGUAACUUUCACAUUGAUGUAACAAUAUAUAUGAACUUAAAAAAAAACAAUAUAUAUGAAUGUCAUCAUUUUGAGA